AUGAAGCGAAUCAUUCCAAAUCGUUUGAAGAGCUACAAUGGCAAGAAUGACUCUCCAAGCCAGCCCCACAGCAGGGGCACAAGUCCAAUGCGAACUCCUCCGGUGGAAGCUAAAGGCCUCGUCCUCAGGACGAACGUUAUCAAGGGGCGGAACUUGGCUGCGAAAGACAAGGGUGGUACAAGUGACCCGUUCCUCGUCUUAAACCUGGGGGACGCCGCUCAGACGACACCUUGUAUCGCUAAGAAUCUCAACCCAGAAUGGCACGUCACUUUCGAUAUGCCAAUCAGUGGCGAGCAAAAUCUGCUCCUGGAAGCUAUAUGUUGGGAUAAAGAUCGCUUUGGCAAGGACUACAUGGGAGAAUUUGACGUGGCAGUUGAAGAUGUUUUUGCCAACGGCAAGGCUAUCCAGGAGCCAAAAUGGUACAGCUUGAGGGCUAGAGGCAAGGGCAAGAGAAAGAACGCAGAGGUGUCCGGCGAAGUUCAAUUACAAUUCUCGCUCGCGGAUACGUCCAAUCCUUCUGCUUCGCCAGAAGAACUCCUACAAAAGCUCUCCGUUUUUGCGGCAGCUAGCAGUGACAGUGACGAGGAAGACGCUAGUGUCGACAGGGUGGAUAGCAUUGAUGUUGAUAGCGAAGCUGAAGGCGAUAAUGAUGACCAGGAACCGGACACAUCUGAUGAGACAGAUGAUCUUUCAAAGCCAGAGAAAGCUGCAAAGAGAAAGCGCAAACUGAGACUGAAGAGAAAGAGUACAGUCCGCACCUACGAAUUCUCUAAGGGUUCUGAUUGUGUGGGCAUUCUCUUCCUGGAGAUCAAUAAGAUAACAGAUUUGCCCCCUGAGAAGAAUAUGACCAGAACAUCUUUCGACAUGGAUCCAUUUGUAGUUGCGUCACUCAGCCGUAAGACCUACAGAACUCGUAUCAUCCGCCAUAACCUCAAUCCUGUCUUCGAUGAGAAAAUGGUAUUUCAAGUUAUGCGUCACGAACAGAACUACUCUAUGAGUUUCUCCGUUGUCGACCGAGAUAAGCUUUCUGGAAACGACUUUGUUGGAACUGGGAACUUUCCUCUUUUCAAUCUGACGUCUGCUGCCCCUGAGGCUGACGCUGAUACUGGCUUGUACAGCCUGCCAGAUCCCCAAGAAUCGUCAGUGAAUCUCCUUCAGAAGCAAUCUCGGUUUAAGCUACCGCUUUCGCGGUCGUCUUCUGCUCAAAGUCUUACCAAGCUUGCCAGACCCAGCCUGACUUCGAAGAACUCGCAAGCGUCCAUCCAUAACAGCCUAGCGGAUAUACCGCCGCUUCCCACUAGCGCUUCGAUUGACAAGUCAUUUCUGACGCCUACUACAUCAGACCAAAGUAAUCUUGCGACCGAUAAUGGUGACGAGGGUAACAGCAUACAUUCUUCUGAUGACCCAUUGAUGAAGCCGUUCACUCUCCCAUUGCUUCUGAAGAAUAAAGACAGAUGGGAGGAUAAACAUAACCCACAGCUCUUCAUACGUGCUAAGUACCUGCCUUAUCCUGCAUUACGACAGCAAUUUUGGCGGGUAAUGCUUAAGCAAUAUGAUACAGAUGAGAAUCACCGCGUUAGUAAGGUUGAGCUAACCACAAUGCUGGAUACACUUGGAUCGACAUUGAAGGAGUCUACGAUCAAUGGAUUCUUUAGGAAGUACGCCAGUGGAAUCGAAAUGGGUGAUCCCACACUUACCUACGACCAAGCUGUGAUGUGCUUGGAGGACCAAUUGCAGCUCACAGAGCAGCACAAAUCCAUGAGAAGCAGGAUCAAAGCGCAUCUUCCGAGCAAGAUAGUAGAAAAUGCCAAGCUCGUGACAUCUCAUCGCGAUGCAGAUGGGUCGAACCUAGCGAAUGAGGAUCCCGAGCAGACAGAAGUACCUGCACUUGCACAGCCCAAUACUGGGGCACCUGGAGAAGAGGGUGAGCUUCUAGAAGACGACCUCGUAGAUGAAGGAGGAGAAGAGCAUGUCAUCGAGAUUCGGGAAUGCCCUCUAUGCCACCAACCACGUCUGAACAAGAAGUCGGACGCUGAUAUCAUCACUCACAUCGCGACUUGUGCCAGUCAAGACUGGAGGCAGGUAAACAAUAUCGUCAUGGCGGGUUUUGUCACUUCUAGCCAAGCACAGCGAAAAUGGUACUCGAAAGUUGUGACUAAAAUAUCGUACGGCGGAUACAAGCUUGGUGCCAACUCUGCCAAUAUUCUCGUCCAAGAUAGGACUACGGGUCAAAUCAACGAGGAGCGCAUGAGUGUAUAUGUGAGAAUCGGAAUUCGCUUAUUGUACAAAGGGUUGAAGAGUAGGGAUAUGGAGAAGAAGCGAAUCCGCAAAAUGCUAAAGAACCUGAGCUUCAAACAAGGUCGAAAAUACGACGAUCCAGCUUCUGCUCAGGAGAUUCAGGGCUUUGUUAACUUUCACCAAUUGGAUAUGUCAGAGGUCCUGAAAUCUACGGAGGAGUUCAAGAAUUUCAACGAAUUUUUCUAUCGUGAGCUUAAGCCAACCGCAAGGCCGUGCUCUGCACCAGACAACCCCAAAAUCAUCGUGUCCCCCGCAGAUUGCCGUUCCGUCGUCUUCAACACUUUGGAAGAUGCACAGAGUAUCUGGGUUAAAGGAAGAGAGUUUAGCGUUGAGCGUCUCUUAGGCAAGGCGUACCCAGAAGACGCAAAACGGUACAAGAAUGGAUCUCUGGGCAUUUUCAGACUUGCGCCGCAAGACUACCAUCGAUUCCAUAUCCCGGUGGACGGCAUCAUGGGUGAACCUAAGCUAAUCGCGGGUGAGUACUAUACCGUCAAUCCUAUGGCCAUUCGAUCUGCACUCGACGUGUACGGCGAAAACAUACGGACCUGCGUACCAAUCGACUCGGUCGCGCACGGACGGGUGAUGGUCAUCUGUGUCGGUGCGAUGAUGGUUGGAAGCACUGUGAUUACACGAAAAGCUGGAGAUAAGGUGAAGCGAGCGGAAGAGCUUGGCUAUUUCAAGUUUGGAGGCAGCACAGUCCUACUGCUGGUUGAAUCCGGGCGAAUGCAAUUCGACGAUGACCUGAUUGAUAAUGCUAAUGGGGCGUUAGAGACACUGAUACGCGUCGGAAUGUCAAUUGGCCACUCUCCUGAACAAGAGCAGCAUCUUCCAGACAUGCGAAAGAAGGAGGAAAACAUCACGGCAGAGGACAGACAGGAAGCGAAGAGACGAAUAGAAGGGAGCCUGGCUCCAGAUGCGAAGCCACCACGGCCGUCAGCAAUGCAGUGA